ACAAUGCAACGUGACGAGAGGGAGCCUGGACAAAAUAAAUGAUUGGCAAUUAAAUUUAUAUAAUCUGCACAACGGAAGAGAAGUAAAAAAGCUAAAUAACGAUACUCUGACAAAUAAAACAAGCUGAAUACUACAAUACUAAAAACGGAUAGUAAUUUCGUCCACUAACAACGUUUCUGAUAACACCAUUUUUACUUCCAAGUGCACUAAGUACGAGUGCUGCACGUGUCGAAUCAUAACAAGGCGUAACCCGGAUGUUUCUUCUUGACAGCCAAAUUGCAACAUGGCGGCAUCCAUGGUGAAAAGUGUGUGUUCCAUACGAGUGUCUAGUUUACCUUAUUCGAUGGAUAUGUGCCGUCGUUUGGUAAACGUAUUUAAUAUUGACAAUUUACGAGCGAAGCGUUAUAUAGGAAAUAGUUAUUUGCACAUGAAUAAAUACCCACAUUUAACAGAGGAUGAUCGGCUUUCUCACGUCCCAGUCGAUAAACUAAAGAUAACGUAUAGUCGGAGCAGCGGACCAGGGGGUCAACAUGUCAACAAGGUCAGUACAAAAGCAGAGGUCCGUUUCCACGUCCAAACAGCACAAUGGAUUCCAGAAGAAGUAAGAAAAGAGAUUCUUUUGAAGAAUACAACUCGUGUCAACAAAGCGGGGGAGUUAAUUGUGACCUCGGAGAUUAGUAGAAGCCAACAGAGAAAUUUAGAAGACUGCUUACAGAAGAUCUCAGAAAUUAUUACUGAAGCUAGUAGGCGACCACCAGAGCCAUCAGAGGAGGAUAUAGUCCUGAGGGCUCAUAGGUUAGAGAAAAUAAAUUUGAUGAGACUCAAACAGAAGAAGAUUAAUUCUUCAACAAAGCAAGCAAGACGGGUUGAAUUUGACUAACAAAAUAAAAACAAAAAACUUGAAGUUUGUAUGAUAUUUUUUUGUUUACCAUUCAUUAUACAGUAUUAUUAUAUACAUGCUAAAACAUCUAAAAAUAAAAGUUAUG